CUGUUUUAUCCCCCGUCGGCAUCGGCCCCCAACUACUCCGCCCUACGGAACAUCGGGCACCCAAAUCCCCGCCGCCGCAUGCAACAUAUAUAUGUAACCAGCAAUUCUAUAUCAACCCCUGCACCACCGAACCAAUUACAGAAAUCUCACCCCCUCAAGAACAAAAAGCAAACACUUGCUUUGUUCUGCAUCUAGCCUAUAGCAAACCACAACCAUGAGCGAGUAUCCGACAGCGCUGCGCGUGGCGCAAGCCGUCGGCAUCAGUGGGUCCAUUUGGCUUUCCGGAAAUAUCUGUGGUCUCUCAGCCAUCGCCAUGCCCGUAUUCUUCCGCUCCAGACGAGAGCGCGGGGAGAAAGAUAAUAUCCCGCAGACCAAGCUAGCGCGGCAGUGGGAGUCCUUCUACGACCACGGACACGCGCAGAACCCGCCCAUUGCUGCUGCUACUGCAUGUGCGUAUGCGUAUCUAGGCUGGGCUGUUGGUUCACGGAGCGAGUUAUUUUCUCGGCUUGCCGGGGCGAACACGGGACUUUCUUAUCGGCUUGCGGGGUUCUUGACGGUGGGGAUUGUGCCGUGGACGUUGGGGUUUAUGAUGCCGACGAAUUAUAAGCUUAUGGAGAUUGCGCAGGGGCUGGAGGGGAAGGAAGUUAGUGAUGAGGAGUUUGAUGAAGUGUUGAGGCAUUGGCAGGUUACUAAUGCUAUUCGGGGGCUGUUUCCGCUUGCUGGGGGGCUUUUGGGACUUUUGACUGCAUUGUUAUAAUAUGACUGACAGUGAUUGAUAAUUCUAUCUCCCCACCACUACUCUAUAAUAUAUAAAAUUCGAAC